UUUUCCCCAGGGGGACGGCCUUGUUCUCCCAGAAAUUUUGGGCACGGCUCCUUGGUGUGUGAAUGUGGGGCCGAUUAUUGUGACACAUUAGAGCCCGUCACCCUCCCUGAUCUGGGGUCUUUCGUUAAGUAUGAAAGCAACAAAGCCGGACACCGCGUGGAACGCAGUGAGGGACUGCUGCUGGAUAAUCCGCCCGAGAACGAAAAUCUGGUUCUGAAGCUGAAAACGUCCCAGAAAUAUCAAAAAAUCAAGGGCUUUGGCGGGGCUCUCACUGAUUCAGCUGCUAUUAACAUCCUGAAUUUGUCGCCGAAAAGCCAGAGAAACCUGCUCAAAUCUUACUUCUCCGCCGAAGGGAUCGAGUAUACCUUGGUCCGGGUGCCCAUGGCGAGCUGCGAUUUCUCCGUGAGGCUGUACACGUACGCGGACGUGGAGAACGAUUUUGACCUGAAUAACUUCAGCCUAACGGACGAAGAUAUCAAAAUGAAGAUCCCAAUUCUGCAACAAGCACAAGCCGUGGCUUCUCGGCCCCUGUCCCUCUACGCCAGUCCCUGGACGUCUCCCGUGUGGAUGAAGACCAACGGCGCCAUGACCGGCCGUGGGACCCUCAAGGGGCAGCCGGGCGACAGAUACCACAAGGCCUGGGCCAAUUAUUUUAUCAGAUUCCUGGACGAAUACGCCAAGUAUAAUUUGACUUUCUGGGCUAUAACUGCUGGCAACGAGCCCACGGCCGGCGACAUUAUCUUCUACCCGUUCCAGUGCCUUGGAUUCUCCCCGGAGCACCAGAGGGAUUUCAUCGCUGAGGAUUUGGGCCCGGCUUUGGCCAACAGCAGCUACAAGGACAUCGAGCUGAUCAUUUUGGACGAUCAGAGAGUGAUGCUCCCUUACUGGGCCGAAGUG